UUUGUCACCGUUCGAAGCUUCGAUACAGUUUCGCCGUUUCAGAUCGUCGUAGCGGCAGCGACCUUCGUCGUUGCGACCGUUGCCAAAGAUGAGUCCUCGAAAAGCCGCGAUAAGAGACAACAGGUUGCGUUUUAUCCGAGAAGAGGAGCCAGACCGCCACCUUACGCGGUUCAGAUGGAACCCAUUGUUCAGUAUUCCCAGAGAGAUCCGCUUUACAAUCCUCUGGCUAGCUCCAAGAGCGACGAUUUCUACGAAGAGGGUCCCUUAAAUUAUUAUCCCACCGAACCGGAGCCGAUCAUCGAAAUUAUCAUCAAAGAAUCCAACGAAUCUCUGCCAACGCCGGUACCACCCCCUCCGCCACCGCCGCCAAGGCCUACGAAAGAACCUAUACAAGUGUUUUAUGUGAAAUACGAAAAGAAGAAGGGCUACGGGGAUAAACCUCGCGUGGUCUACGAUCCGCCCGUACCUGCGUUGACACCUGUUGAAGAACACGAAGAAAUCAAGCCAGAUAAAGCGGCGCCUUACCCAGAGGAACCUGUUCACACGGCGACACCAGCACCGUCGGAACCUUCAACGACUUUGAGAGCGAUCAUCCGACCUGACAGUGAAGUGUACCAUUCUGGCUCUAGCGGGAUUCGCGUUACUUUUGGCACGGACCAAGUGCCACCAAACAACCACAAUAAGCGUAGCGACGUGGAGGUAUUACCAACUCAACACUCCAAACCAGCUUCCUCUGCUCCGGGUUCCCCUAAAAGGCAACAUGGCCCGUACCAACCGAUUCAGCCCGUGCAUCAAAGAGUACCCUCGGCGUUUCCCCAACAAAGGAUCGCAAACUCGUUUCAGCAGCAACAGACGCUGCAUCAACCACUUCAGCAGCAACCGCCUCUAAAUUUCUUGCAACAACAAUCGCCGUUUUCCCCUUUACCGCCACAGGCAAGAAACCCGUUACCAAGACCCCAACGGUUGCCUAUAACGAUCCAAGGUUUGCCGGAAGUGCAACAACGCGCGCCGUUCAAUAACUUCGCCCCGCCACAUCGUGUCAGCAUCAAUCACCCGCAACAACCAGGAUUCCCUCCGACGCUUUCGGUUUCUCAUCAAAAUGUACAGAUACAAAAUCAACCAGUGUCGAUCAAUCAAGCCAGUCACUUUAACGUGGAUCAGCAGCAACCUUUGCCUGUACAUAAACAGCAGGAGUUGGAGAAACAGAGGUAUCACGAGCAACGUCGUCAACAAGAACUGCUGAAACACCGUGAACAUCAAAGGCAGCACGAGCAACAAAGGCUUCAGGAGCAUCAGAGACAGAUAGAGCAGCAAAGAUUAUUGGAACAGCAGCGACAACACGAACAACAGAGACAACAAGAUCAUCAAAGACUGCAAGAACAACAGAGGAUACAAGAGCAACAUAGAUUACAGGAACAACAAAGGUUACAGGAGCAACAAAGACUCCAGGACCAGCAGAGGUUACAAGAAGAUCGCAGGAGGAAACAAGAACAGGAACAAAAACUCUUGCAGGAACAGCAAUAUCGUUCGCAGUUGAAAUACAAUCAAGCCCCGCUGCAAAGUAUACCACAAAUACCUAUUCAGUCUCAAGUUCAAAAACCUGAGGGAGAAAUUUUUAAAGCUGUUCCAAAAUUAGAGCAGCACUACGCGAUUCGAGAAAAUCCACUGCAUCCUGGUCCUUUCCCGCCUAAUCCCCUGAUCCAACCAACAGGAUUCCCUGAAACUUCACAGAAUCAAUACGUUUCCUCUCAGCCGUCGAGUCCGCUGCCAGAAAGUCAGCCACUUAUAAGAAAUCCAUCGAGUCAAUUUCUAAACGAUCAGCCACAACACCAGAGCCCGAAACAGCAAGUUUUCCAAAGUCAACAGCAAGGAUUUUUCUCGCAAAAUCUGCAGAUUUCCCAACAGCAACAGCAACAGCAGCAGCAACAACAGCAGCAGCAGCAGCAGCAGCAACAACAACAAUCACGGUUCCCAUCGUCGUCUCAGCGAUCGUCGAUUUGGGGACGUCCAUCCUUCUUCGGGAGCAGCACGAGUUCCUCUCAAAAGAUUUACGCCACUCCAGUCACCAACACGGAAGAUUUCAAUGCAAUAUCCACCAAUAGACCGUUUAUAUCGAGCACAACGACGACCACCACAACGACGACGACAACCACCGAGGCUCCAACUACUUUGUCACCAAAGAGCGAGGAAAAAAUCAAGGAGAACAUCGCUAACUUGCCGGAUGAGGUUCCGGACGACAUAAGGGAGCAACUGUUGAGUUCCGGGAUUUUGGGCAACGCCGACAUACAAAUACUGGAUUACGACAAGGUCGGCGACAUACCGAUCGAGAAACUACCGCCCGAAGCCCUGGCGAAUUUCUACGGCGCCGGAGGCGGUUCCGCGGUGGCUGCCAGCGAACCGGUACCGUCGAUCGUCAAGAAACCCAAAACGGCAGAUAGCGCGUCUUCCGCGACCUCCUCUUCUUCCACUUCUUUAACUGUUUUGGCGAAGAAGGCGGCUGCUGGCAGCUCGACUAAGUUCGAGCAAGCCACCUUGCGUCCGGGAGGCGUGGAGAUGAAAGUAGUACGCUUCGAUCCGAAUACGGAGCAAGGCCAGGCGCUGGCUGAUCAGCACAUACGCGAUGAUGCUACCAGGCUGAAUCCCGUAACCGUGGGAGCGAGAGACGAGGCUCAAUACAAUCGUUAUUUGCCGCUCAAAGUCAGUGGUGCUUCCUUCCCUAUUCCGGAUGCGUCUCAACUCGUCGGUCGGAAGAUCUCCAGCGUGGUAGUGCUGGCACCAGUCGACUAUAACUUUCAUGAGGAGAAGGAGAUAGAGUCGAGGCAGGGCAGGCGGGUCAGCGAUGUGCAGGCGGUCAAGUUUCUCGCCGGUGAUACUCUGAAGCAGUUGGUGAAAAAGCCAACUGCGGAAAACUACAAGAAGUGGUUAGAACAAGAGAGCCGCACAGAGCCGCAGAAGCAGUCGGUGGUACUUCUGGUAACCAUGCCGAAAGACGCGGACCAAGGUGAAAAAGAGAUCUUCAUGUACGAUGUAGUCUCACGAUCCGUGAGUAAGUUGUCUGGAGAUUUGUCUACGGCCUUCGUGGAUGCUGCUGAAAGUAAUUCCGAUAGUAAUUUCGACGACUCGAAUUCCCCAUCGCACUAAGUUGUACCGCACGAACGAACAUUAUGACAUAAAAUAGCAAGAAGUUACUUACUAAAAAUAAAAAAAAAAACACAUGUUUAGCGUGCCAAACCUGGAUAUAAUGAAUGAAACGUUGUCAUCUCACAUGUUAUCUAACGAUUACAACGAACGCGAAACAAAGUUUAAGAGAGGUA